AUAGAAGCUGAAAGCGUCUCUUCAGUUAUAAUCGUGACAUGGAAUGCGUCUCAUCCACUGCAUCGUAAUGGCCAUAUAAUGGGAUACACUAUUGACUACAAGAAGAUAUCACCCAUCCAUGAAGAUGCCCAUUCAGGGUCUAUUAUAACAUCCCAGGUGACCGACAUUAUCUAUGUGAUAAAAGGAGUGCAAGAUGGGGAGGUCUACGAGAUACGGGUAAACACUGUCAAUGGUUUGGGCCCGGGUGAAUGGUCAAGAACUCUUCUAAUCGAAGUUUUGGGAUAUGGACCAAGCUAUCAUCUUAAAGAAAUUCUUAUCUCUGCGCUCAUCCCAUCAAGUAUAUUGUUAAUCAUACUUAUUUUACUUCUCUUGAAAAGACGGCUUUCCCAUCAUACUCCCCGCACACAAAAGGAUGACGAACACGCUGACGGUAAACAGACUGAAGGUGCUUCUGAGACGUAUGUGGAGCUCUAUGAACGACCAAGCAAUGAGGCAGCUGCUUAUCAGGACCUUGACUUGACACGUGGAAGCGAAGCUGAAUAUAUCAACGGGCCUAUGAUAGACGGACCUCGAGGAAGAAAGAAUGUAGUAAAUUAAAAGGGAAAUGAUGACUGCUAGCUCGGGCAUGGCUAAGUCCUCUCAGAAUAGGACGUUUUGCUAAGUGCAUGGAUCUACUGAAAAAUAUUGUUUUAUUA